AUGGCGAUGGUGGCAGAGAUAACACAAGUGCCUGACUGGGAAGCUAAAUUUAAUGCAAACUUUGACAGUGCAGCAUUCUGGAGCCGGAUUGCAUCCCAUGCAGCACAGAGGCAGCCAUAUAUGAUCCCAGAUAGCACGCAUCAGCAGACGACCCAAACCAUAAAGCAACCCUCAAGUCCAGAGAC